AUGUCUGACGGGAAGGAACAACAUCAUGUUCCGUCCUGGGACGGAAGCGCCCGUACGUGGCGUCGCUACACGAAGGAGGUUUCAUGGUUCGUUCAGAGCACACCUGUGAAUAAGAGGCGGUACUGCGCCUCACGCCUCCUCAGCAGGCUUAUGGGGCCGGCCAGGUUGCUGGCUAUGAGCUGGAGCUGGAACAAGAUGCACUUCGACACCACGGAAGGAACGAGAUUGUUUCUGCAGAGACUGGCGGCGUCGCCGCUAGUCCGCAAGAAUCUUCCCAAUGCUGCUGCGAUUUGCAAUCAGUACUUUGCUUUUCAGAGACGAGCGGGGGAAAAUAUCAGUUCGUUCCUUGUCCGGGAGUCCUUGGUGCACGAGGAGUUCUGUGAGGCGAUUAUCCGACUCCAUGAAGACCGCUUGGGAAUCUCCCAAGAAUCCAGAGACUUCGGCAUCCCUGCCGAGGAGCCCUACGAUUGGUCAGAUGAGGCCUGGAAUGGACCAUCCUGGUGGACCGACGACUGGGAUGAGGAUGCGCCUUCUGGAGGCGAACGAGCUGGCGGAGCCGAUGAGGAAACUGCGGCGGAACCUACUGCUGAUGCUCCCUCUCCGACAGCUGCGCCGGGAUCUUCUCCUUCUCAUGCUGGUGGCGACCGCUCGCCCACCAGACCGGCAUCCGUCUCUGCGAAGGAACCUGGAGAGGAGAAAGCUCCUCAGGCCAUCGACGAGUUGGCCAUUGCUGACAGCUUCAUCAUGGAGGUUCUUCGUGGAUGGAGAUUGUUGCAGGCGGCAGGUCUCACGGCGGAGGAGAAGAGGGAUAUUCUUUCCACGACCAAGAACAGCCUGGACUAUGAAGUCAUCGCGUCAGCCCUCCAGAAUCUGUGGGACGAGCAAUUGCUCGGCCAAAGACACAGCUCCUCGGCCUACAGCGCGCACUACACGGAGGCCGCGGAUGCCGAGCUCGCCUACUACCAGGAUGAUUGGUGGUACGAUGAUGGCGACUGGUGGUGGCACGAUGAUUCCUACUCCGACGGCUUCUACGUGGACCCAUGGUGGGAUGAUGGCUCCUACGAAGGCUACGAUCAAGUAGCAGCAGCUGCCGAGACCGAGGAACCAGAGAAUGUCGAGAAGCUAAAGGAAGCCCAACAAGCCGAACGUAUAGCGGAAGGGCUGGCUGCUGAGGCCAACCGGACCUGGUCUGAAGCUCAGAGGGCUACUCAAGCCCUUCGCAAGGACAGGGGCUUUGGAGCCAUGGUAGCUCAGCCCGGCGCAUGCUUCCUUUGUGGAGGACCUCACUUUGCUCGCGACUGCCCUCGACGUCAUCAGGCUGCCUUUGCUAAGGGCUCCAAGGGUGGUUUUCGAUCCUCUAAGGGCAAGGCCAAGGGCUACAUGAACGAGAUGGAGGACGACUACCACAUGAACUACUUCAAGGGCAAGGGCAAGGGCAAGAGUAAGAAAGGUUUCUUCAUGGAUCCUGCCAUGGCAAUGUGGGCUUCAAAAGGGAAGUCGAAAUCCAAGUCCAAGGGCAAGGACCACUACAAGCCGGUCAACGCCUACCAGAGCGAGCUCUUCAUGGGUGGCCUCGACAUGGUUGCGGAGGCCGCUUCUGCCACGACCGACUCCCUGUCACCGAAUGUCGGAAUGAUCGACUGCGGAGCGACGGCCAGUGCUGCGCCGGAGGCGGUAGUGAAGGGCUUGAUUGGUGCCGUCUUGGCGCAGGAUCGUAGUGCACAGAUCGAGAUGGACCAAGCCUCGCGCCCGUACUUCAGGUUUGGGAAUGGGCGUUGGGGUCGAGCUCUUUGCAAGGUUCGGUUCAGUAGCUGCGCGUCCGGAAGUUCUCGCCACUUUGCCCUGUACGUGUUGCCCAAUCCUUCGGAGUACUACCAAGCCGACUUUGAUAAGGGAUCACUUGUGCCAGUGCUGAUUGGGAUGGAUCACCUUGGUUCCACCGGAGUCGGGAUGAUGAUAGACUUUGCCACAGGUCUUGCUAUGAACACCACGGAAUCCAUACCAUCCAUCUAUAAGCUGGAUAAGAGCAAGAAAGGACACUUUGUUCUCGACAUUGUCAAAUACCUAACGAAUGGAGCACAAGUCUUGGAAGGUCAAGCUCAUGUGCUAGUUCGAUCGAGUCCUUCUGCGGCAUGUGUGUUGGAACAUCAGAUCAUUGAACUUCAAACUGUUUGGUUCGAUCUGGCGGCAUGUGAUCAUGAAGUGGAUGAGCAGGAGCGUUCUGUUGCUGAAGCUAGGAUGUGGCAGCUUUACGGAGCAAGCAGGACGGCUUCAGCGACCUCGGCCGUUAUGUCGGCGACCUCUCGCCACCUGGAUCCGGAGGUGAACGCCAUCCUCCAGCAGGCCGCCAAGGCGAAACCAAAGAACAAGGCACAGCCUAUCGACCUGAGCAGGGCCCAGAAGAUCGAUGCACGCGAUCCUCGAGCCCAGAAGCAGCAAUGGCCGUGCCUGGGCAACCACACCCCAGGCCCAGCCAAGGGCAACAUGCAUGGCCAGUGGAUGCACUGUCAGGUCUGCGACGUGCGUCUUCUCUAUGUGCCUCGCCACGGCUCGUCGGGUCAGAACACCCAGUGCAAGAAUCCGGAGAUGGUGGCUCGCUGCUUGCGAGAACUUCGCAAGCUGUUGGGCGACAGGCUGCCGACUGCAGCCCUGGUGCAUGCCAUGCAGGCCAAGAUCGAUGCGGAGGAGACCCUGAAUGUACUCGUGCGCGACCACUUGGCGACUGGACCUCCGGCAACGGCUUCGACGACUACCAGGCUGCCCAACGACAGCCCGACGACCGGAUACCCUGCGACCAAUGCCGACAGCCCAGAGUCUCUUGGAAGCUGGGCAAUGACGAAUCCCCAAGGACGGGAGGUGACACUCGAGGAGGCCUAUGCAGCCCUGGACCACCAGCAGUGA